UUAGAAAGUAUUUUACCUUUUCCCGUUUCGUUGUUUUCAAUCAGCUUUGGGAACUAUAUUGGAAAUUCUCUUUUUAUAUGGAAAAUACCAUGUGCAAGUGAAAGAAGUGCUGAAAAAGAACUUGAAGUAGUGACUCACAUUAAAGAGAAAAUGCUUUUGUUUUCUACCAGAGCAAUGAGGAAAGAGUUUUUUGAGAAAUAUCCUAAUAUGAAACCAUAUGAAUUGAGAAAUAUGUUCUUCAAGCUAACAAAUUUUGAAUACUGUUCAGAAAAUAAAUCCAGUGCAGAUGUUGAUGAACGAUUCAUGAAAUUUAUUUUAUCUAGUGAUGAUGAAGACUUGAUAGUUGCUCUUAGGAAAAACAAUGGCCGUCCUUGUGACCCAAAUCUACAACCAUUUUGGAAUGAACUUGCCAAGCUGCUAGAGGAGGUCUCGGUAGUGGACGAUCGCCGCCAGCAUUCAACGUCCUAUCUGCCAUUUGCAAUCUCCAUUGAUGAUUUAAGAGAACAAGUGAAAACUAGACUUUCUCCAGGUGAUCCGACUCCUUCAAAUUCUUGGAUCCGACUGAAUUUCAUGCCAUCUAACCCAAUGGCUAAGACUGCAGAAAACUACACUGGCAGAUUCAAUGUCAAAUAUGCUGUGCAACAACGAUUACCGCGUGCACAACAUGAAGAUGCACAGUAUGCCUUACAUCAGUUCUAUAUGCUGAAAGACAUGGCCGUUAAGUACAGGGAAUUUGCGUACAUGCAGUGUCUUGAUGAUAAAGCAAUCAUACCCAUAGGUGAACCUUUCCGACCUGUUUCUACUGGUGUAAGAGCACAUCAUCAAGGACUGACAGUUAGCAAUAGCAGAGGCUUGCUUUGUCUUGACCAUGACUAAAGCAUUGCUGGGAUGGUACCUUCGGUGUGCUUUCAAGUAUCCAUUCCUGAAAAUUCCAGAGACUCCUUUCAUUCAGGAACCUUACAUAUUACACUUAAGGACAAAGUAUUCCAGAGCUCCACUCCAUUUAGGCAUGCAAUGGAAACCAUCAAGAUUUUGCGGGAGUUUCACAGUCAGGAUGAUAUAAAUUUGGAUAAGCCGAUACUUUUCCGUUACACAGACGGUGGUCCUGACCAUAGGACAACAUUUCGCUCAGUUCAAGUCGCUGCUCUGCUGGAAUUCAUUAGUUUGGAUUUAGACUUGCUCAUUUGUGUUAGAACAGCCCCAAACCAAAGCUACAAUAAUCCUGCAGAGAGGAUGAUGUCCAUCUUAAACAUAGCAUUACAGAAUACCGCCCUUUGUCGUACUGCCAUGUCUGAUGGAAAAGAGCUUCAAGCAAGCGAUUAAGAUCACUAUCUAGCAUAAGAAGAUAUGCAGAAAAAAAAUCCAGAUUUCAAAAGUGACUAUAUAGAUUUCAUUCAGGAGCCUAUCAACAUUAUUUCUGAAAGGUUCAAGAAACUUUAAACUUAAAGGAGAGCCUGCUCAUGUACACAAUGCAGCAACAGAUGGUGAAAUCAAAGAUCUGCUUGAAAUUAUUCAUGCACUUGACCAAGACUACAAAACAGAAGCGAUUGCGAACUUUGAAAGAUCAAAAGUGGUUCAUGCAUUCAUGAAGGCACAUGCAAGAUUUCGUAAGUAUUCCUUUCAGCCAAAGUUCGAAACUAUGUCUUGUGCCAUGACUGUGGAAAGCGCCGAGUUGUCUAUUCUGCAGCAAAACUAACCAAGGAGCAAGAGAAUGCUGUAACACGUGUAAAGGAAGAGCUGCUUUACUCUUGUGGGAACCCACUUUUUCCAGGAGGAAGAUUUCAAGAUGUGAUAAUUGUAAAAGAGGGGUUAAACUGUCUGAGUCCCAUGGAAACAACAUACUAUUCUGGUAAUCCUUU